AACACUUCGGUUCAGUUCAUAUCUUGAUUCCCACCGGGCGGCUGCCGCGCGGCCCGACCGCCAACCGUCCGAACGCGCGUUCAAAACGCCGACAACACAUUUCGCACUCCUACUUUCUCCAAUCUUUAAAUAAACCAGUGUAGAGCCAGUGACAAUAAUGUUCCUAUAGUUAUAAUACCAAGUGAUUGCGGCACUCAUUAUUUAUAGUAACAAAAUGGAAAAAACGGAAAAAAUGGAAAGGAAAAGCUAAUCACCAAAUCAGCAUCACCAGUCAACUAAAAGUUUUUUAAUAAAUCGCUUAACAAAUUACAAUGUUUCGUCCGUCACUAAUUCGUGGCGCGAGUGUGGACUCACCUGAUGUGUCGGGCUAUGGGCUUACCAGGAGUCGACGAGCCUCGCUGUCGGCUGAGCAGCGACGGAAGCUGAGCAUGCUCCGGUCAUCCAGCAUCCCAUCACCGCUGACUCCGGUGAGCCACAUUUACCAUUUGGUACCCUGCCCGAGAAAAGACUGUAAUCAGAAAUAUGUCGUCAGCACAGAUCGGAGUGGUGAUAUCCAUGUGCAUGUCCAAGGGAUUAUACCUCAACCAAAUAAGGGGGACUUAAGCCAACAGGAUAAAAGAUGUGUGUUCUUAACGGUACACGAUCUUGGGACCAAUCAUUCGACAAUGGUUGACUUCGUGAACAGUCCAGCAAUGUCGGAGAUCAAGGAGCGCUCCUGUUUCAUUCAUGUGGAUGUGCCAGGACACGAGGAGAACUCGCCAGAUCUACCCGACUCCUACCAGUUCCCAUCACUCCAGACAUUGGGUGAAGACCUCAUAACAGUGCUGGACUUCCUUCACGUGCGAUAUGCAGUUGGCUUGGGGGAAGGCGCAGGAGCCAAUGUCCUCGCCAGGUGCGGGCUGGCCCAUCCUAGGCGCCUCUUGGGCCUGAUCCUUGUCAACUGCACAGCGUCUACUUCCUCGGUGGCCGAUGCUUUCCGCAGUCGGUUCUCCCGAUGGCGAGGAGCUGAUAUCUCCCAGUCUGAAGAGGACUUUCUCAUCUAUCACAAGUUUGGCCACGUGAGUUUUGAAACCGAAAAGCAUUUUAGCUACCAGCAAAUAUCGAGUGACUCGUUGGAGGCAGGUGAACGUGACCGCACUCUAGCCGAGUACAGGUCCAGGCUGCGUGGUAAUCUGAACACUCAUAACAUCAAGCAGUAUGUGAGAGCGUUUAUCAAUCGUAAGGACCUGAUCCUCCGCGGCUGCCAGCCAGAUAUCCUGCUCAUCACUGGCAUGCUGAGCCCGUACUCCACCGUCAUUGAGAAGAUGUACAAGGAGCUGGACAAAGAAAGGGUCACCAUCCUAAAGGUGGACCGAGCUGGUGAUGUCUUGGCUGAAACUCCAGCUAAAGUAGCGCAGUCUCUGCUGCUGUUCUGCCAGGGCCAGGGUUUGCUGACGUCACUGCCACCUCCAGGGGUGGAACGACGCAUGUCCCGCGCCAUGUCGAUGGAGGAGUACGACAAACCGAACAUACGCCGUCUCUCUCUCACACCAAGCGUGGCAGAGUCACCCCCGCAUAGGAAACUCUAGCUGAAGAGAUCCGACUCCUUACUCGAGGAGACGGUGUAAGGGGACUUUGAAGUAGGGGCGUUCUAGAAUGUGUAGUUUUCUGUAUAAAACAUAGAUGGCGUUACUUCCACGUAGUAGAAGUUCGUUGCAUGUUAAGGUUUACCCAUCUGUAAAAGGCUUAAAGUAGAUUUUUGAUUUUAUUAGAAAAGGUAGUUACGUUGAAAUAAUAUUAAAGGAAUUUAACAGAUAAUGUAAUAUAAUGUGCUAAUACACAGAUAAUAAAAAUUAAUUAGGUAAUAAUAAAUUGCUUUAGUAGCUACUUGAAACACGUGGUAAACCUUAUAUUUUCUUGAUAUUAGUAUUAAAGUAUGUGCAAUAAACAACAAAAAAUACGUGCACACACAUAGAUACUGAUGGUAAGUAAUUAGCUUUCUAGAAAACGCCCUACUUCUCGAACCUUCGAUAUAUGCUAUAAUGUUAAUAUAAUAAUUUAAACAUUUGUCAAAUGUAUGUCUGUUGUAGAAUCCGUAUUUGUUAGAGGAAUGAGCGUCGUCGUUGCAUUAGUUUACAUAACAUAACAUAACAUAUCGAAGGCAUUGUUACAAAUGUCUUUUUGUAUAGUUACUAUUGCUUAAUUUUAUAACUUGAUAAAUAUUACACGUUUAUCUUGCUUUCUGAAGAGUUAUAUUCAUUGGAACUGUCGGCGAAUCAGUAGAAGUGUUUUAAAGAAUAUAAUUAUAGAUACUAAAUGCUUAUAGAGUCAUUCGAUGUUUUUAAAUAUGCAAUAGUUGUGAAUAUAAAAAUAUUAUUUUUCUCUUAACAAAAAAAUGUUUAUGGAAUGAAUAUAUUUAUGAACGAAAGAGUAUUUUCAUUCAUUGAAGUAAUGUUUUUAAUUUUUUUUUAUUUUGAUGAUGAAUAAGUUAUUAUUGUAAAAAGAAAUUCAGUUCUAACGUUUCAGUUGUAAUGGAAAUCUGUUUUUAAUUUUUCCGGGACUAAGAAUGUCUAUCUUUGUUAAAGUCAAAGUGAAAAUCAUUUAUUUCAAUUAGACCUGGAAAGGCACUUUUGAACGUCAAUAUAAUGUUUAAAAGUGAAGCUAUUUGC